AUGGCAUACAAAAUACAGGAAGUGCAUAUUCGUCAUUGUAUGCUUUUUGAAUUUCGCAAGGGUAAUAACGCUACAGUUGUGACUAAGAACAUUAGUGAUGUUUACCCAGGUUCAUUAGAUGUUUGCAAAUGCCAAAGAUGGUUUUCCAAGUUUAGAUCUGGGAAUUUUGAUCUUUCUGACGCCCAUCGACCAGGAAGACCAAUGUCAUUAGACAACAACGUUCUAAGGGCAGAAGUUGAAGCAAAUCCAUGCCAAACCAUUGAAGAAUUGUCGAACACCCUUAACCAACCUUGGUCGACCAUCCAAGAACAUUUACACCAGAUAGGAAAAAUCAGCAGAGAAGGUGUUUGGGUCCCCUAUAACUUGUCAGUGCAAAACAAAGCCAACAGAUCAAACACGUGCAAUGCAUUGAUUCAACAGCACCAUGCAGAACCGUUUCUUGAUCGUUUGGUCACUGGAGAUGAAAAAUGGGUCCUAUACGAUAAUCCAAAACGCAAAAGUCAGUGGCUCUCCCCAAAUGAACCAGCACGCAGUACUGCAAAGCCGGGAUUACACCCCCAAGAAGGCGCUCCUGUGUGUUUGGUGGAGCAUCCGCGGAAUCGUCCACUUUGA